AUGUCUCGGGAGUUCCACAUAGACGAAAAUGUGUCAGAAAAGCAAUUGAACCACCAAUCUACCUCGUUGGUGAUACCACACAUCACAAGAGUUAAAAUUCACAACUCAAUGUACCAUAAAGUGAAUCUAGACACAGCUUCCCUCAGAGGCAAUAGCAUGAUUCAGUUAACAAAGACUAUGGUAAGAGAUUUGGGAAAUUGCCGUGGUGGAGCUCGUCAGAUGCCAAUAGUGUGCGGAGGAGUUGAGUUUAAAUGCCUUUUGAUGAAGCUAAUUUAUAUAAAGCCCAAGUGGGACCAGCUAUUGGUAAUCUUGCAAAAAGGUAACGAAAAAUCGUCCAAAUUUGACAACAAAUACCUGGUAGUGCUGAUACUGCUCUACUUGCGCAUUCAGUACUAUUUUUUACCACGAAGAUCUCGCAAGGGUAGAAUUAGCAGUGUACGUGAUUUUGGCAAGCAAGACCGAGUAAGCUCGGAUCAUCUGCAAGAUCUGAUGAAGAUUUAUAUAGGCGACUACCGAAAAGUCAAAUCUAUGGGACUAUGUGCAGAUUGUUGGGCACAGCCUGGUACACAAAAUGUUGAAGUUUUGCACAUUGAUGAGAUCGUUGAUUGGCUUUGUACCCAGAAACAGAUUUGGGGAAUUCCAUUGGGACAAUGUCAGUGGAGCAAUAUCUAUGAGGAUGAUGAGAGUAGUGAUACUGAAAGUAGUGAUACCGAAAGUAGUGACAUUAGAAGCAGUGAUGAUGAGAACAAUGGGAGUGACAGCUAA